GUAACAAGGAACCACGCAUGCGCGGUGGCUUCAUUGCGACCAGAAUUGUUUACAUCGCGGCCAUAGUAAAAUUAAUCCCGGGCAUACAGGUGCAAAAAUGCUACCAAAAGAGGAAGAAUUUUCUGUUCUUUUGGCUAAAAAAGAACAGGAAUGGAGAGACCUCCAGCAGCUCCAGGUUCAGUUUUUGGAGAAGUCGCUGGAAGAUACAAAGAAGGAGCUUCAAGAACAAAAAGAGAAAUUUAGUUCUCUGAAGAAGGACUUUACCUACAAUCUCAAGGUUUUGGGAGAGAGGGAUCGAGAGCUUGAACAGUUUGAAGUGAUGCUCAGUCAAUUAAAAGUAAUUGAGAGUGGAAAGCAGACCAAAAUCAGUGACUUAAGUGUGCAGAUUGAGAAACUUCAGCAGCAGAUCCAAAAGGAAAAGAAAAAAGUUGAAGACUUACAAAGUCACUAUCAGAGAAAACUGAAAGAAAACCAACUGCAUUUAGAGAGGGUCCGCAGCUCUAAAAACCACGAUAUUGAUCACUGUCGAGAGGAGUAUGAGAAGGUUAAACGCCAACUGGAGAGGAAGAUUGAAGAUGUGCAAAGUGACCUUUCUUUACAAAAACAGGAGCUGAUGCUGGAAUUUGAUACCGAAAUGAAAAAGCAGGAACAUGAGUUUCGCUUACAGCUGGAUGAAAUGAGCACAGUGGUUCUGUCCCAUGAACUUAAGGUAAAGUUACUGACAAAAGAAUUAUCUAUAUUGCGGGAAAAAGAACUACAAAUGUUGGAAUCUCUCCAGCAAGUUGAGAUAGCCAGUCAGAAACUUCAGGAGGCUCUGAAGCAGAAGGAGUGGGAAAUAGAGAAUUUAUCAACAGUAAAAGAUGCAAGAAUAAGAGAGUUAGAAGAUAAACUUAAAGCAUUGCAGCUUCAGCAGAAGAAAGAAGAGGAUACUUUUCAAAGAAAACACGAGCAGCUGGAUCGGUUUGCCCGAGAGAAGGAGUCUGCUCUGACAUCCAUAAAGGAGGCACAUCUGGAACAAGUGCAGAACUUUGAGAAACAAAUCAAGGAGCUGCAUAUGUGUACAGAAACCUUACAGAUGGAGAAUCGCCGGGCCCAGAGCACUCAGCAAGAGCUCCUGGUAGAAAAAGAAGCCAUGAUUGAAAAGCUGAAGCAAGAAGUAGACACACUGAAGAAUGGCUGGGAUUCCUACAUCUCCCAGAUAUCAAAAGAAUCUGUUAACAAGGACCUCCAGAUUCAGGCCCUAAAAGAGGAUGAGGAAAAACUGAAAGCUCAGAUAACAAGAUGCCAGAAGGACAUUGAAAAGUACCAGCAGCAGUUGGCACGCUCAGUGGAGAUAGAGCACAAAUUGGAAGAGGCAAGAAUACAGGCUGAACUAGACUGGCAGAAACGCUGUGAGCUAGUGGAGAAAACACAGUAUCAACACUCUGAGGAACUGAUCGAAAGCCUUAUUAAAGCCAAGGACAAGGUAGCAGCAGAGCUUAAAGAAAAGGACCGUAAACUGAAUGAGCUGGAACUGCUGGUGUCCACUUUAUCAUGGGAGAGGGACAAGGCUGUAGACUUUCUGAAGAAGCAUGGAGCAAAAAAGCUGGACAUGGGAGAAAAGAUGUACGUUGUUGAAGCUGUACAGGAAUUUCAAAAACAGUUUCCUUCUGAUGAGAUACGGAAAUUGCAGGAACAAAACGCUGAGUUAAGGAAUGUGAUUGGCCAAAUGAGGAAAGAAAUGGAGUCUGCAUCUGAACAAAUCAUACCUCCAGCACAUGAUACAGCAGAAGCUUCUGCCAAUGACAAACAGGACCCUGUAUUCACACCAGAUUAUGUCCAGUCUCUUGAAGAUGAAAUCAGAACCCUAAAGCAGAAGAUCAGUAUUAUAGAGGAAAGGAUACAGGAGGAAUCGGGUCCCAAGAAAAACUUGCCAGUACCAGCACCAGCAGUUCUUCCUGAGAAUGCAGAAAGCCAAAGCUACAAAACCACCGGUCCCUUGGGAGCUGACAAAGGGCCUUCUGUUGAAACUACAAAGAGAUUGGAUGCAGGAGCUGCUCAUUUAGACUCCAUGGUUUCACAGCUCACACAGAAAAGUGUAACAAUAGACCAGCUUCGCAAGGAAAUUCAGACUCUUCAACAUCGGCUAACAGGUUGUAAAGUCCCAAAGGAUGUGUGUCCAGAAACCCAUGUUUACAUGCUCAGUAACAAACUGAGAGAAGCUGCAACGAAAAUUUCUCAGCUCAGCCUAGAGAAACAGCAACUGAUUGAUAUGGGGAACAGACUACGAGCAGAGCUUGCAUCCAUUGAGAUUCAUCAGUCUGUCCCGCCAGCUUCUGACAUACAAGAGAAUGGAGUGCAAAAUCGUCUCUCAGCCCUGGAAAAUCUUCAAUACAACCUAACAUCCCAGGAACUUCAGUUUGCUCAGUACCAGAAAACCUCCAACUUUCCUUUAAAAGAGCACAGCACUAUUAGAGCCAAGAAGCACAAAGACAAUGAUAAUACUCCAGAGAUCUUCACAGAGCAGCCAUAUCAUACUGUCAAACAGUCUGGGAGUAAAGAGAACAAAUAUCUUCUGGAACAUCAGGUGAACAUUGCUCCAUCUCCAGUCCCAUCAUCAUCUUUAGCAGAGGCAGACUCCUCCCUGCAGGAUGUUUGGAAACUUCUAGAUAUUGGAUCAAGCCUGUCUCUAAUCAGUUCUCAGGAAGACAACAAGCAAGUGACCUCUGCAAGAAAUAGAUUGGAGCAAAGGCAUAGAAGCAAAGAUGGUUCAUCUACAGACCAGACAUUACUCAAACGGCAGAAAGAGAGGACCAGCAAAUCCGCAGCAGUCAAGCACAGCAAGCCCAGAGUUUCCCAAAAUACCACAAAAAUACGGAACUACAGUGUGAAGGACUGAUUUUAAUAAAUCUUCUUGUGUGACGUGAUUCUUCAUUGAUGGACCCAUAAGGAACUGUCGUGUGGCUAGUCAUGGCAAUAUGUACUGAAUAAACUGAAUCUUUCAUUAAUUAAAACAGGUAAUAUCUGCUUGAGUUAUGGCAAGUGUGUACUGCAGAUCUAUUCUUCAAUUUGGGCUCAAAAAGUAUCAUUACAUAGGGAAGAAUAAACAUAAGUUCCAUGUCAAACCCACCUAGCCCCUGAUUGCCUACCCACCAGAAGGGCGUAAUAUUAUUUUCUAUCAACUGUUGAGUGCCAUCAGCUCUCAUAAGCAGCUUGAGAAAGCAACCAUUAGGAAGUGGAAUGUCUAACUAGUACUCGCUAGUUUUGUGGAAAAGUUAUCAUUAAAGGAUAAGCUCUGUAGAACACCAUUAUAUUCUAUAGAUCUUAUAUUUUAAUCUGAGCAUUUUCCUCCUUUGAAUGGCUGCCCCCACAGCUACGCAGGAGCUUAUUUAAAUGCUACUGUUUAACUAUAGCAUUGUUUCUGAAGCAAACACUACACUUUAACCAGUGUAAGGCAAUACUGCAUGAACUACUUUAAAACUUUUGGUGUUACUGUUUCUUUAAAUGCACAUUCCUUCUAUUAUUAGAUGGCUACAGUCCCUUUAAGAUAAAAAAAAAAACUGUACAAGUUUGGAAUGCCUUAUCCAGAAACCCAUUAUCCAGAAUUCUCCAGGGAAAGGCCACCUUACACAGCAUCCAUUUUAAACAAAUAAUUUUAUUUUUUUUACAAGUAAUUUCCUUCUUUAUCUGUAAUAAUAAACCAGCACCUUGUACUUGAUGGUAACUAUGCUUUAUGAAUCCAUAUUGGUGGCAAAACGGUCAGGUGAUCUCUGAGGGAGCACAGUUAAUAUCGUACAAUGUUUAAAUUACUUUUAGCAGACUUUAGGUAUAUUGAUCCAAAUUAUGGAUAGACCCCUUAUCUGGAAAAUCGAAUGUUCCGAGCAUUCCAAAUAAUAGGUCCAGCACCUGUACUACUGUAUGUAAGCCUAAUACUGUAAGCUACCUCCAUGGAUAACAGACACAUUGUCUACCUGAAAUCGUGA